AUGGUCACUACUAAACCUGUUAAAACUCCCAUGACAGCUAGCCUAAAACUGACCAAUAAUGACAAAGAUCCUUGUGAAAAUCCUAGUUUAUAUAGGUCAAUUGUGGGCAGCCUGCAAUAUCUCACUAUAACUAGGCCAGAGAUAUCAUUUUUCGUUAACAAAGUUUGUCAGUUUAUGCAAGAACCAGAGGCCACUCAUUGGCAAGCAGUGAAAAGAAUUCUAAGAUACCUAUAUGGGACUGCUACCACAGGUAUUGUUCUGUCAAAAUCCAACAACCUACAAAUUUCUGCUUUCUGUGCUGUAGAUUGGGAGGCUGAUGUUGAUGACAGAAAAUCAACAACAGGAUUUUGUGUCUUCCUAGGCUGUAAUCUAGUCAGUUGGUCCUCUAGGAAACAACAAGCUGUUUCAAGAAGCACAACAGAGGCAGAAUACAGAAGUUUAGCUGCUGUUACUGCAAAAAUUACUUGGCUGAAGAAUCUUCUACAUGAACUUCAACUGGCUAAUGUUCUCACCAAAGGAGUGUCAAGCAGAGUGUUUAAUGAGUCUCUAUUCAAGUUGGGAAUGUGUGAUAUCCAUGCAACAACUUGA